UGCGCCUUUCAGUUGAUUCGUAGACACCUCACCGAAAAUGUUGAUCAUCUACACGGUCGCGCUUGUUUCGAUCGCCGUAACGCUAGGCUUAAAGUACGUGUACUCGUACUGGGACCGGCACGGACUUCACAACAUCAAACCGCACAUUCCAUUCGGGAAUCUGAAAACCGUUGUCAAUAAGACCGAGUCAUUUGGAGUCGCCAUCAAUCAGCUGUACUGGCAGACCAAGGGUCAACUCGUUGGAAUUUACCUAUUCUUCCGACCGGCGAUUCUCAUACGGGAUGCACACCUGGCACAGCAGAUCAUGACGACGGAUUUCAACCACUUCCACGAUCGGGGAGUCUACUGCAACGAAGAACAUGAUCCGUUCUCCGCCAGUCUGUUCUCUCUACCGGGUAAGCGAUGGCGCAAUCUGAGAAACAAACUAACGCCCCUGUUCACCGGUGGACAACUGCGAGGAAUGAUGCCAACCAUUUUGGAAGUAGGUGAUAAGCUGCAAAAGUACCUUGAACCCGCAGCCGAAAGAGAAGAAGUGCUGGAAAUUCGUGAUAUCGUGUCUCGGUUUGUGCUCGAGAUAAUUGCAACCGUGUUCUUCGGUUUCGAAGCAAACUGCAUCAAAGAUCGCGAUGAUGCUUUCAGCAGAGUCUUACGAGAAGCGCAGCGACAAAAGUUUGCGACCAACUUCCGAGCGGCGGCCGUUUUCGUUUGCCCUGGACUACUGAAGUAUACUGGAAUUUCUUCACUGGAACCGCAGGUUAAGGACUUUGUGUCGGGGAUAGUGACUAAACAGAUCGAACACCGAGAAAAAAGUGGCGUAACUCGAAAGGAUUUCAUUCAGCAGCUGAUCGAUCUUCGCCGAGAGGACGGUCAAGAUCAAGCUCCCAAACUGAGCAUCGAACAGUGCGCUGCGAACGUUUUCCUUUUCUACGUAGCUGGAUCGGAAACUUCCACCGGUACCAUAACCUUCACAAUGCACGAGCUCAGUCAUCACGCGGAUGUGAUGCAGAAAUUGCAAGCGGAGAUCGACGAUGCCCUCGUCAAAUCCAACGGACAGAUCACCUACGAUACCGUCAAUAAGAUGCCAUACUUGGACCUGUGCGUCAAAGAAACGCUACGAAAGUAUCCGGGACUUCCGAUUUUGAAUCGGGAGUGCACGUUGGACUACAAGGUUCCCAAUUCGGACCGGGUGAUCCGAAAGGGCACCCAGGUUGUUAUUCCACUUUACGGAAUCAGCAUGGACGAGCAAUAUUUCCCCGAACCGGAUCGCUACAACCCGGAACGGUUCGUGGAGAUAUCUAAGAAUUAUGAUGAAAAGGCAUACUAUCCAUUUGGAGAAGGACCGCGGAAUUGCAUAGCAUUCAGAAUGGGAGUACUGGUAACGAAAAUUGGAUUGAUUUUGCUCUUGUCGAAGUUCAACUUUGAAGCCACACAAGGUCCGAAGAUAGUGUUCAGUCCAGCAUCGGUGCCCUUAUCGCCAAAGGGUGGUAUUUCGCUGAAGAUUUCCAACAGGAAGAAGUGAUGUUUCGAUGAAAUUGGAGAUGUGUAUAAUAUUUCAGUUAUUUAGAAACUUGAGUAAUGUUUGUCUUGUUUCCAGUGAACUUUGUAAAUUUUAUUGCAAUAAAUAAUUAUGGUUUUAUAAUACAUACAAUUCAA